AUGGUGAGCCAUGCCGACGCAAGAGUCGCCAGGGGGCAUCUUCCGGCAAGACGGCCGGGCGGGACCAUCACGCCUGAGUUGGCACCGGCUGGAUACCACGACGAGGCGUUGGCUUUGUCCAUGUUGGAGUACAUGAAUGACUUCAUCGUCCCGGACCUCGUGCUCCUAGACACUGGCGCCAACCCCCACAGAUUCGACCUCAAGUACUGGCGAUUGCUGCCCGACGUUCUCACCGACAUGAUCAUCUCAUGCGCUCUCACGCACCAGGUGAUACGGAGUCAGGCCAGGCAAGACAGCUUCCCGUUGACCGUUCACGACGCGGGCAGCCAUCCCAUAGCCGUAGUGAGACACCGCAUGAUUUCGUUUCCCGAUCCAUCCGUCAAGACAAUCUACAAGCAUCAACAGCGGACGUUGAAGGAACUGAGCGAAAGCCUGGACGAGAAGGAGCUUCGGUUUAGCGAUGCUAUACUGGCGGCGGUCGUCACGCUGAUGAGAGUAGAGAUACAACAGUCGGCAUUUGGGGCCUGGCCGACACAUCUCCACGCCGCGAGAACCAUCAUCACAGAGCGCGGCGGCUUCAAGCCUCUUAUCAUGGAUCAAGGCUCCAUGAUGGGCGAUACUCUGACAACCUUUAUGCUCAUGGACAUUCUCAGCGCCAUCUGCAUCCCGAGCCACUUGCUGGAUGAGCAAAACACCCUCAGCCAGCUUGAAUACAUUCCCCUGCUAGAAAUAGACUUUCAAGACGGCAAGUAUUACGACUUCCCUUGCUCCAAUCAGCUUCUCGAAUCCAUCAUUAGAACAAACCACGCUCGCCUGCUCAGCCAAGGUCCCAUGAACGACGCCCCAGACCUCGACAUGACCUGCGCACAAAUCUUGGGCCGCGUCGCCUUGUUCGACGCUCCGCUCUGGGCGUCGGCCCAGCUUGAAGAAUUUUUCUCGUCUCGUCCGCCGACCUCUCACCCCGGAACGGCAGCAAAGCGGGAAAAACCCCCCCCGGCAGCCGUUAUAAACAGGGGCGUCAUCCACGCCAUGUGCGUGCAUCUCGCCAAGGCGUUCCAAUACGCCAGCAUGCUGUACUGCAUCCGAACACUAUACAUGGACCGCGGCAAGGCCACAGCCGCCGAGUUGCUCACGUCCCAGCUCGCUGCGGACCUAUCCUACCGAGAACGGACCAUCCACGUGCAACCGCUGCACCAGUCAGCACUGAAUGCCCUUUUAAAAGCUUUGCACCGACUGUGGGAUGUGGAAAUGAGUUGUGGAACGACCUGGAUGGGCAGGUUGACGUUUUGGCCGUUGUGGGUUGGGGGCAUGGAGCUCGAUGCAGGGGAGGACGCGGCGCACGAGCGCGCCUUUAUCUGCACCUGCCUGCAGAAACUUUGCUAUCACCUUGGGUCGUUAAGUCCGUUGGAUGCUGUUUCUGCGCUGCACGCGGUUUGGGAUGCGCAGGGAGAUGGGAGCAAUACUUGGGAUGCCAAGCUGGAUAUUCCCGGUGUGCGGGGGGUGUUCUUUUUCUGA